CUGAGGGAGCGAGGCAUGCCUGGGCUGGGCAGGGCUGGGCAGGGCAGGGCAGACCGGCCUGACUGCCCACCCCCCUCCAUCCUCUUGGCCAGCACCCGUUUGGCUGUGCUGAGCAGCAGCCUGACCCACUGGAAGAAGCUGCCGCCGCUGCCAUCGCUCACCAGCCAGCCCCACCAAGUGCUGGCCAGCGAGCCCAUCCCCUUCUCCGACCUGCAGCAGGUCUCCAGGAUAGCUGCUUAUGCCUACAGUGCACUUUCUCAGAUCCGAGUGGACGCAAAAGAGGAGCUGGUUGUACAGUUUGGGAUCCCAUGAAGAGAGGGAUCCUUGGACAGCUCUUCUCUUCACCCCGUCUCCACCCUGCCUCCCCUGGCCCCCAGCCUCACUGCGGCUCACACAGUACCCUAACCUGCUACUAAUCACAGAGAAGAGUGUGGAGGAGGAGAAGAGUGAGGCUGGAAGCCUCAGCAAGUGAGGACGGAGCAAGGGAGGGCAGAACCAUUUGGGACUGGCGUUCAUAGCCCUGGCCAGGAAUGAGGUGGGGAUCAAAAGGUUAGGGCCUAGUAGGUCUUCACCGUCACUGGGAAGGUGGAGGUACCACUGUGAGGGUGAUCCCUGGGGGGCCUAUCGGGGGCCCCUUCCCACCCUUUCUCUUGGCCUCACUCCUGUCCCCCUCUCCCUGACUUGGUGCUCACAUGCACCUCACGAGGGUUUGUGACCAGGGUCUGGACGAGCUUGAAUUUGAAUGAAUUGAGUUUGUAUUUCUAGCACCCUGGGUUUUUACAUGUUUGGGGUUUUGGGGUUUUGUUUUGGUUUGUCGCCCUCGAUAAAGGAAGUGUAUUCAUCUG